GCGCUGUCAGCUCGCUGCUGCAUGGUCCUGCCCGGUGCCGCGGUGCGUUGUAGCCGAGUGUGAGCUGGAGGUGCUCGGUGUCUCAGACUCAGCUGUCCCCGGUGUUCUGCCUUCUUACGCUCAUUGACCUCAAACCUUCAGCUGCUCACUGGCUUCUUUGGUGAGCCUCAACGCCGCCAGUCCUCCUUCCUGUGGAAGACUUAGGCUACAAGUGGACGACAGACCUGUUAAAGUGCCAUUGGAAGUAUCCACGUAGGCUGCCUCCAUUUCUUUUUUUUUCUUUCUUUUCUUAAGUCUUUUCUGUUCACCGGGAGAACGGCGGAGCUGCAGCACCGGGAACCAUGAGCGGACGCGGGGACGAGGCCGGGGAGAGCUCUGGCUCCCAGGAGCCCGCGGGGGCCGCGGAGCCCCAGAAGAGGAGGCCGGGGAGACCGCGGAAGCCCCCAAAAGAGCCCACUGGAGAGCCUGUCCCCAAGCGACCGAGGGGCCGUCCCAAAGGAAGUAAGAACAAGGGCCCCUCCAAGGCAGCUCAGAAGAAAGCAGAGGCACCCGGGGAGAAAAGACCCAGGGGGCGACCAAGGAAAUGGCCACAACAAGUUGUCCAGAAAAAAUCCACUCAGGAAGAAGAAGGUGAAGAAGAGGCUGAAGAGUCCCCAGAAGAGGACUAAGCUUCCACGCCGUGAGACCUCUACCUCAUUCAGCUGUCAGGUCUUUGAAAGGGAAAAGACUGCCUUGACCACUUAUUUUUGACUUUUUCUACAUGGGAUGUUACACGGUUCGAUUUCAGAGCAUUUCCAUCUUUGAUCUGUCACUGAACAGGCAGAGAUGUGCAGUACAUGUCUGCAUUUCUAAAUUCCUUUGAUACAUUUUUACACAGAUUUUUGUACAGAUGCUGCAAUAUGGGGGAGAUCAAAAGAAACCAGUACUAGUAAUUGUAGUGCUGCCAGCUACCAAUAGGCUGAACAGAUAAGUCCAGACAUUCUGCCUGUCAAAACAGAAACAGGUUUGGCAGCAAUGGACGUGUCAUCGGCCCCGUAUCACAAACUUACUCUUCUCAAUGAGAAUAAACUAAAAACAUACAGAAACCGACAGACACAAGAAGUAAGUAUGGCCGCACCCCAAAUGUCUGGAAUUGUGGUUCAGGGCAUUAGCAGGGGGUGCUUCAUUCUGAAGACUACACCUUUGUACUGAGGUGCAAAUCAAACGCACUCACAGUGCCACUGUAGAGCGGGCGCUCUCUCUCUCUCUCUCUCUCUCUCUCUCUCUCUCUCUCUCUCUCAUAUAGACAGACACAGAUGCACAGACUCUUUCACUCACCCUCUCACUGUUAACUGAUUCUCCAGACACUGACGGCAGAAAAGAGAACAACAUUGUUUCAAUUCCAGCAGCCUGGUAUUGUCUUAUAGAAAUGUAGAACAGAUAUAUCAGGGUUGGUUCUAAACCAAGCCAAUCCGCCCACCGCUCACCCAAACUGGUGUUAGACCACCAAAGACAGAGAGACACAGAGAUCUUUCCUCAGGGCAGUGAUUUAUCCAUCGUGUUGGCUUAAAGCCAUUUAGAAACAUGCUUGCUGAAGCUGUUAGCAUUGGCUCAGAUUUAACUUUAUCAUCAGACUGAGUCUUCAUACAUCAUCUAUACUUUUACAACAUGGCCAUCUUUCUGUGGCUUCUCUCUCUGAUGAUAUCCAGAGAAGAAAUGGCACGCAAUGCAAAGGUUGGUCACUGGGUGAACCUGCAGCGCAGUCUGGUCUCCUGAUAUUUGGUGAAAGUGCAAGUUUUAAUUGUCAGUAAAGAUAUAGGAAUUGAAUCUGAAUUUGAAAAUCUGGACGUAAAAGACUGAAUAAGAGACCUGAAUGGAUCUCGAUGGGUUGAACAAAUCCAUCUAAAUAAUUACAUUUUCUAUGGGACAACACAAAAAUGGCCGAAAAAUAAAACCAAUUAUGUGAUUAUGUGACCAUUUGCUAGUUUGUCAGAACAUCAACAAAAGUGCCUAGACUGUAUUUAAAGCUUUCAUGUUGAUACAUCUUUGAUCAGGACUGGACUUGCUAGACCAGAAAAUCAGAGCACUACAUGAUCUCUGCUUUGCUCUCCCUGUUGUUGGUGGACUGACAGACCUCUUUCAUUGGUCUAGAAAAUGCUAGAACCUCUUUACAUCCUGUCGGUGCUCCACUACCAAACUGUUUGACUUUGCAUCAGACUACUGUAGACCGUUUGUUAACAAUAACAACAAGCUCAUGAACAUAGCUUCAUUCAGUUUGUUUCAUUGCGCAACAAAGCUUUAAAACCGUGAUUCCAUCAUUGAUGUCACACUGCAAAGAAAUCCAGGCUUGGUCUGCCUUACAAAAGAAAAACCUCAAGAACAAAAACCACAUGAACAAACCACACUUUACCUCAUGACACAUUUACCUGGAUUUAGUGGCAGCGUGACAUUGGACAACUCAUCUCGCACUGUAACUCCAGUGAACCUAACGUUUUAAGGAAAACUGAUAGUCAGCGCUUUCUGGUCACUAAUAUGCAAUACCUUCUCCUGAUUUCAAACUACCUCUGACUCAGCACAACCAGCUUGUGAACGCUGUCGCUCAGUACACACCAACCAACGCACAGGAAGGCAGUGUACGUUCAGAUAUUUGAUAAUGUGUUGUAGCGUUAUGCUGUACAUUAACGAGGUCAUGCCGGUUGUUGUCUUGUCAUGGGGGAAUUUGUUUGCAACUGUUUUGUUUGAUUCAGGCGAACCCUACAGAAUCUGUAAAGAAGCAAAAGUCAGAAAUGACAGAGAGACAACAUCAACUGCUUAUUUUUUUCAAUUGACCAUCUUUUCUGUUGGUUAUGAUGGGCCAGUCAAGUGCUUUAACAAGGUUAGAAGCAGUGCAAAGACAUGGUAUCCAUGCGGAUAACAUAACAUUAUAAUAUUUUAACAAAAAUAAGCUUUUCAGUUUCAACAUUUUUUACUUUACUUGGAGACAGACUCUGAAGCCUACAGUUCAGCAUUUGUAAUUUCCAUAUCCACAUGUCCGUAUAUUAUGUUCAGAUGUUACAGUCACACUGAAAGCCAGGGUUUUUUUGCAGUUACAUUUUCAGCUUUGGUUGUCUCCAUACAAAAUAUGUCUAUAAAUGUGUAAAAUAUUUUUUUUAAUGUACAUGAUCUAAUUUCAUUAGAAUAUGUGUGAAUUAUAUUAUAUAUGU